AUGGAUAACCCAGCUCUUGCCAACGCGUUCGGCACUCUUGGGGCAGUCUGCUGGUCCGUUCAGCUCAUCCCUCAAAUCGUUAUCAAUUGGAGACGGCAUAAUGCCACGGGCCUUCAACCUACGAUGAUGAUGCUCUGGGCAUGGGCCGGAGUACCAUUGGGCGUAUACAACAUUGUCUCGAACUUCAACAUCGCACUUCAGAUCCAGCCUCAGAUUCUAGCCGUCCUCAGCCUUCUCACGUGGAUUCAAUGCUACUAUUACGAGCAAAAGUGGUCCAUUGCACGUUCGCUUGCGGUGGUCCUACCCAUUGCAUCCAUCAUGGCCGGCAUUGAGGUGGCUCUGGUCUAUGCUUUGAGGAUGGGAGUGAGGCGCCAUGUCCACUGGCCAGUGACUCUGAUGGCCGUACUGGCGGCUCUGUUCCUGGCCCUGGGCGUCUUGCGGCAUUACUGGGACAUUUACGUCCAUCGUACUGUGCGCGGGAUCUCGUUCCUGUUUGUGGGAAUCGAUGCACUUGGAGACUUGACAUCUAUCAUAUCUGUUGUGUUCCAGCCAAAGCUCGACGUACUGGGCCUUGUGAUAUACGGAACAGAGCUGGUUCUUUGGAUUGGGAUCUUCGCAUGUGGUGGAUACUACAACCUGGUCCCUUGGAUCCGCAAGAAGCAAAGGGAACGAAGAGCGCCUGCUCACGAAUUAGGGCCAGCGCAGCAUGGAAUCGGGCUGCAUGAUCUGCCAUCGUCAACUUCUGUGUUUAGAACACCGUCUUCCGAUAUGGAGUUACGAUCACGGACUGCUCCUGCAAGGUCGUCGAACGAAGCUCAGCCUGGCUAA